AUGCCUACAGGAAAGACAGCUCCAGGAAGCGACUACGUCCAUCCCCCAGAAAUGCAAGAGCUGCCCAUACCGAGAAACUAUGCAGACCUUGGUUUCACUGAGAUCAAGAUCACGAACGUCCCCGAAUCCUCCUCAGAAGUCACACCAGUCCAGCUCCUCACGCUCUACCGACCAAAGAAGUACAAUGCCUUCACACCCACCAUGAUGCGUGAGCUCGAGCACGCCUACACUCUCUUCGACGUCGACGACCGCGUAAAGUGCAUUGUCCAGACUGGCCAUGGUAGAAUGUUCUGCGCAGGCGCGGAUUUGGACACGGGCUUUGUAGGAGCUGAAGAGACGUUGCGGGAUCACAGAGAUGGCGGUGGCAGAGUGGUCAUGGCAAUCACUAGGUGCAGGAAGCCGAGUAUUGCUGCUGUGCAGGGUAGUGCUGUAGGCAUUGGAAUCACACAAACACUGCCAAUGCACAUCAGGAUUGCGUACAAGGAUGCUAAGAUCGGCUUUGUGUUUGCGCAGAGAGGGUUGGUGAUGGAGGCUGCGAGCAGCUUUUACCUGCCCAAAUUGAUCGGCACAUCGAAGGCCAUGCAUCUGACCACGACCGGCUUGACAUAUCCAGCCAGCCACAAGCUUCUCGACGACCUGUUCACCGAAGUCCUAGACAAGCAAGAAGAUGUUCUCCCUCGAGCCCUCGAGCUUGCCAAUCAUGUUGUCGAGAACACGAGCGCUGUCUCGACAUACCUGAUGAGAGAGCUGAUGUACCGUGGACCAAGCUCACCAGAGGCAACCCAUCUUUUGGACAGCAGGAUAGUAUACGAACUGUUCAGCAGCAAGGACAACAAGGAAGGUGUCAGAUCAUUUUUGGAAAAGAGGAAGGCAAAUUUCCAGGGCUCUAUGAAGGACGAUGCACCGCAAGCCUACCCGUGGUGGGACCCUAUCAGCACGGGAAACAGACCGGUAAACCAGGGUUACCAGUAUAAGCCUAAGUUGUAG